CGUCUCAUUUGUCAAGUGAGACAGUAUAACUUCUGAAAUUUCCAGUGUGUUUCAUUAGUUUUCAAAUAACAAUGGGUCGUGGCAAACUCGUGUGUGAGCUUUGAAAAUAGUUUGUGGGGUCGAUGCUGGCAAAUCAAGUUACCAAAUAUCUAAAGACUUGAUAAUUCCCAGGUCUCCAAUCUAUCAUUCAGCACUAUAAAAAUAAUAGAAUAACUUCUUGUUUGAAGAAAACUGGUCGACCACUCGUGCACAAGCUGGAGAACUCACGGUGAAAUGGAAGGACUCAGUUGAUAUUUGCAAAAGAGUCUAUUAGCAAAAGACACUAGGGCCAGUUUUUUAAAAAUAUCUCAGAUGCGCCUGCUCUUCUUUCUGAAGUCUACCUUUUGUCCCGAAAUCUUCAAUAUUAUUGCAAUUCCCGUAAAUGUCUCAGAUGCGCCAGCGCUUCUUUUCAUUGUUGUCAAUUGUCAUUUAUCACCACCAUCGAAUUUGAGAUAGCUUGAAGCUUCUCAAGGCAAAUCCUAAACAAGUAACAACUAGAGUCAUAACUCAUAACUUAAACUUUAUUAGUAAAGAAUUCUUGUUUGUUCAAAUAUAAAUACAGUAAGAUCAGUACUUCAAUAAUGUUGUUUUUUUAACAUAUUGAUGUUUUCUAAAAUACAUACAAUUACACCUUAAAAUAGGUAAAUAAUAAUUAAAACACCAUGUCUGAAAAUAUUAAGACAAAAAGUAAAGAAGUUUUUGAUGUCUUAUUGCAACGACAUGAAAAUCCUCAGUCUAAGAACGCAAGAGACCGUAGCCCUAUUAUCUCAGAAGCUGUUAAUGAUGAUAGUUACAUUUUAGACGAAAUAGCUAAGUUGCCCGACCUUAGUGAACUAUAUUGUGAAGAUGAAGAAGAUACUUCUAUAUGUACGUUUGACUAUACAGAAAAAAAUGACGAGACGUCCAAAUCUGAUGUCUAUCACAGAAAUUUACAAAGGAAUAGACUCAAACUUUUUACAGAUAUGCAAACUACUAGUGCUCAGGAGCCUUCACAGACUAAAUAUGAUAUAUCACAUCUAUUGAAAUACAAUACUUUGUCAAACAAUUCAACACAAUUGGAUAAUUCACGGCAUAUCACCAUAUUAAUAAGACAAAGGGACAAUUGUAAGAAAAGUGCUACAGUGCUUAAAAAUAAAUUGAAAGCUUUAAAGCUUCAUAGUAAAAGCAACAAAUCACCUAGUACUGAUAAAUUGGUCAAAAAUAAUAAUAAACUGCAGUUGGACCUCCAUAAUAAGUUGAAGGCUACCGGCAAUGUUAUAAAGUUGUUGGAUGAAAUCAUAGAAGCAGAAUGUUCUGAAGCUUACAAUCCAGAAAUAAAAGACAGUACCCAAGCACAUAAACAAUAUAAAUAUAAUUACGAAUAUUAUGACCCGGAGUUACACUGGUGUCGGAUUUGUAACAUGUUCCCACAGACUGCGAAAGAUUUUCUAAAACAUUUGCAUACCAGCCUUCAUCAGGAAAAAAGUGCAGACCACAUUGAGAAGCCGUGGAGCGAAGAGACGGGUUUCGACGAAGGUUUCCCUCAUGUGCCUUCUGCUCCCUCAAAACGAACGCCUAUUAAAGGUCUUCAGUUCUAUGUGCCAUCAACAGCGUGGUACUGUAAGCUGUGCAAGCACUUUAUGGGCGACGAGCAAUCUGCCUCAAAUCAUCUGAAGUCAAUCAUACACGCUAACAAGUAUAAUGAAUUUAUAGAGCAUAACCCACAUUUUGAGACUGACUGGAUUUCCGAUCGCCAGAAGGCGUAUGAAAAAUUUCGAAAUUUUAAUAGGCUCAUAGAAAAUGAGAAGAUAGUUAGCAUUUGUAUCAGUAGUGACUCAGAUAGUGAACCUACUCCUAAGAAGGAAAAAAGUAUGAAAGAAAAACGUCGCAAUAAGCCUGGGAAAGAGAAUAUAUUGAAAACAAACUUAGAAAAAUUAGCUGAAAUAGAUUCAACGCGAUCCCGACAAGUUACAUUUACAAGUGAUCGUGUUGACCGUUCUGUUCCUCAUGAGAUAGAUGAUAAUGAAAGGAGACGUUUAGAAUCACGUUGGAAAGAUAAAGAUAGUGAUAGAGAGAGUCGGAUGAACGAACGAGAGAAAUAUGCUGACGAUAGAGAGAGAUGUACUUAUGUUCGUUCUGUCUCUCGUGAGGUAGACGACAAUGAAAGGAGACGUUUAGAAUCACGUUGGAAAGAUAAAGAUAGUGAUAGGGAGAGUCGGAUAAACGAACGAGAGAAAUAUGCUGACGAUAGAGACAGAUGUACUUAUGUCCGUUCUGUCUCUCGUGAGGUAGAUGAUAAUGAAAGGAGACGUUUAGAAUCACGUUGGAAAGAUAAAGAUAGUGAGGGAGAGAGACGGAUGAACAAAAGAGGGAAGUAUUCUGACGAUAGAGAGGGAUGUGUUUAUGUCCGUUCUGUCUCUCGUGAGGUAGAUGAUAUUGAAAGGAGACGUUUAGAGGCACGUUGGAAAGAUAAAGAUAGUAAAGAAGAGAGUCGCAUGAACGAUAGAGAGAGACACCAGGAGAAAUCGAAACUGUGUUAUAACGAGAGAGAGAGACAGAGGGAUGAAGAAGACAGAGAAAGAAGACAUCGACAGGAUUCAAGAUAUAAGCAUCGAUACAGACGCGAUUCGCGGGACCGUGAUCGAUUACGAGAGACACCACGAACUAAAACCAAAUUCAAGGAAAAUUAUGCAAAAAUGUUGCCGGAACCUGAAAAAGAAGGGAAACCAAAAUUGAACAUGCAAGAACUGAAUAAGACUGCGACGGAUUUAUGUAACAGAAAACGCAAAAAGAACGAAAACAUUUAUCAACUUGCUGCCACUUGGCUAAACAACAAUCCUUUGCCUAUCUAUCCAUCAAUAGCUGUACCUGACGUCGACAUAAAUCAGUAUUAUCCUUAUGGGUAUCCUUAUUAUAUGGGAACGGGUUAUGGAUUAGAUACUAUGAUGAAUCCUGGAAUGAUACCUCCUUUUACUGUUAACUCCGGAACAAGCUUAUUGGGCGAACCACCGAUAUAUUACGAAUUUAAUAAAACAUUCUCACAUUUGUAUAAUAGCAUGAAUCAGGAAAGUAAAACAAUGAUAAAUAUAAUAUCGCAGAACUCCAACGAACAAAUGGAGCAAGAAAAUGAAACCUGUAAACAAGAAGGGAAUGAAGAAGAGAAAAAUGGAAUAGAAGACAAUUCAAUAGUACAAAAAAACCUAGAGGGUAUUAGAGAUGAAUCUCAAACUGUUAAGGAUCUGCAAGAGCAGCCUCCUAAUGAUGAGAAAAACAUUGAUGUUCAACCAUCUGACAAUAAUCAAAACGCAUCUAUUCAACCUUAAUGCAAAGCAAAUAUAGUAAAAUUACAUACAGCAGUGUUGGCCUAAUGGGUUCGAUAUGCAUCCCUUAGACCCAAAAAUACGACGACGUGUCAGGCACAGAAGGUUGAUCACCAAUUAGAAAUGAUCACGGCAUAUAUACAGUAAUCUGAGCCCCAUAUCAAAAAGGGACCUACAUAUUAUAUUAUCCUGCCGGCCGGGUGUUCCGUCUCCACAACAGUCCGAUUUCAAAUAUUAAAAUAACAUGGUUAUGUUUACCUCCAAAAAGAACCUGAUUUAGAUUAAGGUUAGCUAGGUGAUGGUGAUUUAGAUUUUCACGUGGAAUUUAAGGCAUUCCAGUAUACAGUCAGGAAUGUUUUGCAUCAUACCGAGUAUAAAAUGAUUUCCAAAUCUUGAACUAAUCUUUUUAUGCUUUAAGCGUAGGAUUUAAAGUCGAAACUUAGCGAACAAGCUUCCUUUAUGCCGUCCCUUUUACAUUAAAUAUGUUGCACAAAAGAAUAUCAAUUAAAAAAUUAAAAAAUUGUGUGCGUGUACUAGUGUGAGCACGUAAGAAGUGAAACUUUAUUUACUUUAC